AUGGCGGAGCAAGAUGGCCCAUUCACAUGGCUGACCUCUCUGCAAACCUGGCCAACCCGUCUCGCUAUCUGGAUCAACUUCCCACUGAGCUCUCUCUGCUGGUUCGCAGGCAUGACGCAGUUCUUCGCUCCAUACACCGACUGGCUGCCAGGAAUUACGGUCCUGUUGAUCUGGUACCUGUCCAACAUGCCCGUCAUAUGGUUGGCCUUGCAUUACGAGUUCAGGAUGCAGGGCUCGCGCCGAGGGCGCGCAACAUCGCGUGAAGCCGAGAAGAGGUAA